UGUCUUUUUCAAAUAGUGCUGCCUCAAUUGCGUUGAAAAAUUGGAGCAGAUCACAAUGCUUAAAUCAAAAUAUUCCGGACACUCGCUUAGUGCUUGUCAGCAGAGCGUUCAACAGAUAGCAGGGAAGGAUUCUCAGGAUGCUGGUCUAAGCCUUUGCGGAAAGCCCAGUUUCCUCGUCUGUCGAGGGAGGAAGUCCUCCGGUCUAACCGAAGUCGACAGCUUCACCGAUCUCAGUCAGCCCCAACGCCUCGCUCUUCAGCAGACCAAUUUGAAAAUCCAGGGUAUUAUAAAGCUCCAGCAGCACAUCAUCGAGCUGGUGGAUGAUGUCGACAAGAAAAUCGCAGGUGAGAAGAGCUCCAGGAAGAUGGAUGACUCGGAAAGUUAGGUGACCAUCUUCUUGUGGUUCUUUUUCCAAAUUCUGAAAUUAAGCAGAGUAACUCCUGAGGUCAAGGCUGACGACUAUUGUUGAUCUGCUGCGAUUCAAUUGGCUUUAUCAUUUUGUUUUCAGUAAAUAUUUAUACGUAA